GUUCAGGAGACGAAGCAAAUAGGUGAGCUGACGUCAUCAGGUACCUGCUAAACACGUGACAGGCUGACACCUGAUGGACAGAAAACAAAGACAGCUUCCUGUUACAUGCUCUACUCGGUCACUGCUGAAGCUUUUAUUCUGAAGUACAUCCGGCAGAAGUGUGUGACGUGUUGCUGUCCGUGGUUAGCUUGUGGCUAACAAGGUGUGGAAGGGCUCACCUGCUGAAGCUGUCUGAGCGAUGGAGUGACAGAAUGUUUCUCCACCAUGGGAUGACUUGUCAUUGACUCUGUCCGUCUCCGGUUCACGUCACCCAGCCAUGGGCUUCUGUUCACCUGUGUGCAAGCUCCUGCGGAGGGGGAAGUAUUUGAUCCUGCUCCUCGUCUCGCUGUCGGUGCUUGUCUGGAUCGCAGCAUUUUCAGGUGAAACGGUGAAGUCGGUGCAGGUUUCCUCGACCAUGACACAAACCUCCAAAGGUGACCUUCUGAGGAACAAACUCAACUCUUGGACAGUGUCAACGGAUCGCUUAAAAACUCCUCCACCCAGAGCUGAAUGUCCAGAGGAGUCUCCGUUACUCCGUGGAGCUGUGCCACUGUCCUUUGAGUCCUCUCUGAAACUGAAGGACGUGGAGAGAGAAAACAGACAAGUGACUGAAGGCGAGUACGAGCCCACCGACUGCACGGCGAGGCAGAGUGUCGCCAUCCUCAUCCCUCAUCGCAGCAGAGAGAGACACCUGCUUUACCUGCUGCACCACCUGCACCCUUUCCUGCAGAGGCAGCAGAUACAUUACGCCAUCUAUGUCAUCCAACAGGCUGGUGAUGCAACUUUUAACCGUGCCAAGUUACUGAAUGUUGGUUAUUUGGAGGCUCUGAAAGAUCACACCUGGGACUGUUUCAUCUUUCAUGACGUCGACCUGGUUCCUGAAAAUGAUCACAAUUUCUACAUGUGUGACAAGCAGCCCAAACACUUGGUGGUGGGCCGCAAUGUCACAGGAUACAAGCUCCGAUACAAAGGUUACUUUGGAGGAGUCACAGCGAUGACCAAAAAACAGUUUCUUCAAGUUAAUGGCUUCUCAAACACCUACUGGGGCUGGGGUGGAGAAGACGACGACCUUCGCAUCAGGGUGGAGCUGCAGAAAAUGAAGAUUGUUCGGCCACCUGCUGAUGUUGCUCGUUACACCAUGGUGUUUCAUAAACGAGACAGUGGCAACGAAAUCAACAAAGACCGGAUGAAGCUGUUGGGUCGAACACCGCAGGUUUGGAGAAAAGAUGGACUUAACAGCUGCUCCUAUAAGAUGUUGUCGGUGGAGCGGCAGCCUCUUUAUGUCAAUGUGACCGUGGAUAUCGGUAAGCCACAGAGCUGAACUCAAACAGGAAGUCCUGCUGCCACCAAAAACUCACAUGUAUUUUCAUGUAGUUUACAUGUUUUAAUUAAAUCAGGCGGUCACUUUAUUGUUGCACAUCAUGUAGCCUUGAUGUUUUUACCAGCCUCAAAGUUCAUCAAGUAUUCCUGAAUUAGAACAUCACGCCAGACUCGAGUUAUGCACAGGUCUCUUUAUUUACCUGCAGACAGUUGGAACACAGAUGUGUUUUGUACUCCACUCUGUUACUUUUUAAAGCGCAAAGACACAGGUAAGGUUACCUGAAUACAGAGAACAAAACCAAUGAUUGUACUUGUGAGGUCUGCACACCUGAAGCUUGUUUGCUCUGGUCAUGCUCACACAAACAAAAGGGAGUUGGAUUUAAACAAACUAAAGAGCACAUUGAUUGAUGAUUGACUGACAUGUUAAUGAUGUGCAUUCAUUUAUUGCUUUGAUUGGAAGUCAAACAAACAGUUUUUUUUAACACUAAUUACAGCACGUAUAAAUUAUUAAAUGUUAUUCAUUUUAACUUGGCAAUAAUCAGUGAAGAGGAGCUGAUCAAUAUCAACUGAUAAUCAAUGGAAAUAUGUUUUGAAGAUCUUUAUUUUUCUGCAGUAAAAGACGAGAAGCAAAUCAGAUCAAUAACUUAUCAAUAACCGUACAGAAGUCUGAAUCUGAUUUGUGACUCUGGUUGGUCUGAAAUUUAAACGCUCGUUAAUAUUUUUAAUUAGUCUUGUUCAUUUCCUGUCAGAUGUAUGAAAAGACGAAGAUUUGACUGAAUUCUUCUUAGUCAGCGCUGUGAAGCUUUAAAUUCUUCUUCUUUAAUUGUUCCAUAAAAAACAGACGGCCUUAAUUUAACUUAAACUUAAUAACUUUGAUUGGUUGUUUUUUCUGGAUGAAUGUUUCAAAGUAUUUUUUGAGCCAUAAUGAUGAGAUUUGAUUUAUACACCAUGUUUUAUUUUUCUAAAGGGGUAAUAGAUUUGUAUUUAUGACUUUAACAUUUAAUGAUAAUUAUAGACCAAUCAGUUUUAAUCUAAAACAUGUUGGCUUUGAUUGUUGCUGUCUAGAAACAUUUAAUAUUUAUUUUUUAUUUUGAGUUGCUUCACUUUUAUUUAUCUGAGUAUAUUUCUGAUGUUACUAAAAACAAGCGCUCCUCGUUAAAUAUCCAUAAUGAGCACAUGAUGUCACACUGUUGACAUUCUUUUCAUAAUUCUUUUGUUUUAAAAGAUUAAUAUGAGUUUUUA